AUGAGCUUUGUGUAUAAAAUAGAUAAAAGCUCUAGCACAGAUGAAACAUCAGUAGUGGAUGAUCCUUCAAAACCAUCCUUUUACGAUACCACCCCUGCAAUCCCCAACUUCCUUUAUUUUAAGCGUAAAAAUCAAGGAUCGGCAGGAUUAUCUAGUUCCAGCCUGCACUUUGAUGAUACUGAGAUGAGCCCAACUCAUUUUUCUCAGUCAAGUGCAACAUCUCCCAGUAUAAUAAGUGCAGGAAAAGCAAAUAUGUCAAGGAAUUCACCUGUUUCAGUCGCGGCAACGCCUAACAAAGCACCCCUGGAUACCAGUCAACAUAUGAUGCCUAUGCCUUCCAGUCAACAUAGGCCUGUGCCUGAAAAAUCUAAUAGCACCUCAUAUCAGGAAACUGUUCUUCAAACCCUUGCCAACAUCUCAUAUACUCUUGAAAGGAUACAGAAACAACUGAGUAGGAUAGAACUGCAAAGUACUGUAUUCAGAGAUGGAAAAGAAAACAGGUGCCCGGAAUUGCCAGAGGGUGUGCAGUUACCUAUAGCAAGUAUGGAGGUAUUUAAUAACUUUCUGCUUGCUUUGGACAAUGAUGCCCUUUUUGUAUCUCUGGCUUCAUACUUAUCCUUCAGAAUUGGGCAGAACAAUGUUGUAGAUAGGCUACUGACAUUUCUCCUUAGUGAUAUUUUCUCAACUCAGCUUAAUUGGGCUGGUCGCAAUGGGAAAAGAGCCGUAAAAAAAAAACCAAAUUUGUGGAAUUCAUUAAGUAUACUGUUGAAAAAAAACUUGAAGAUUGCGGAUGAAGUGGUAGAGGCAAAAAUUAAGUCCUGGUUGAAACAUUCCUCGGAUCGACUGAAGAGAGAGAGAAACAAGAACUAAAGCAGUAUAUAUUGUGUAAAUAUUGUUAUCAACUUGUACAUUCAACUGUAUUGUGUAUAAAAAAGGAAAUAAAUAAUUACCAAUUCAUUGUAUUAAUUUAGUACUGUUCUCAAUUAUGU